AUGAUCUCAGCCGAAGACCACCAGCGCCCCGGCGGCUCCCCUUCGCCAGGGGCCGCAAGCCCCUCUGGAGGAGAGCACGACGUGCACUCGCGCCUCUUCCAACUGGUGCUCACGGGAGGCCUCGAGGGCCGCCACUUUGGCGACUAUUGCAUCGUCAGCCGCCAAUGCCUCUUGGCCGUGGGCCGCCUGGAGGGGGCCAGGCAGAUCGACGAGGACGCCAACGACGGCGAGGAUGCCUUGGCCGGAGGGGCCGCCGUCGAGAGCAUCACCCGCGAGCCUGCCUGGGGCCAAGUGCCCCCGUGGCAGGUCGGCGGAGAGGGAGGUGAUGGCGAUGAUGACGCCGACGACGACGAUGGCGGCGACGGACACUCCAGAGGGACAACCUAUGGCGCGCGAGACAAGCGACUGGCCUACUUGGGAUCUGUGCGCCUGUGCCCGUGCUUCAUCGCCUACGAGGACCUCAGCAUCGACGUGCGCGUCAUCGGCAGCGGCUCCUACGGCCAGGUGCACAAGGGCCGAUGGAAGGGCAGCAAGGUGGCGGUAAAGCGCCUCAUCUACAUCAACCGCCGGAGCGAGGAAGCCAUCCAGCGCCUCCUCUCGGAGACGGCCGUUCUCUCGACCGUCGAACACCGCAACGUGGUCAGGUUCGUCGGCGCCUGCAUCCAGGAGCCCCGUCUCUGCAUCGUCACCGAGUACAUCUCUGGCGGCAGCCUCCGUAGCCACCUCGACGGCGGCAGACAAGGAAGUCGCGGCGGUGGCGGCAGCAGCGGCUCGGUGGCGUUUGACAUGCGAGCGCGCAUCAGCAUGCUGCUCGGGGCCGCCAAGGGCCUGCGCCACCUCCACCGCAAGGGCAUCCACCACUGCGAUGUCAAGGCAGCCAACCUGCUGGUAGAGCCCGUGGAGAACAGCCUCCCCACCAUCAAGGUGUGCGACUUUGGCAUGGCCCACACCAAGAACCAGGCGCGCACCACCACCCGAGGCGGCACGCCGGCCUGGACGGCGCCAGAGAUCAUCCGCGGGGGCAAGCGCACCGACCGCAGCGACGUCUACUCGUUCGGCAUCCUCAUGUGGGAGGUGCUCACGAGACGCAGGCCCUUUGCCGGCCUGCCGACCAUGUCCAUAUCGCUGCAGGUGUUGGAAGGCGAGCGGCCGUCCAUCCCUCUGGACACGCCCAACGACUACCGCUCGCUGAUGGUGCGAUGCUGGGCCGAGGACCCUGCCGACCGCCCCUCGAUGAUAGAAAUCGCGAGCCAACUCAAGCGGAUGGCCGCCACCCGCAAUGCCGCCCACGACAACGUCGGCAGCGACGACUUGGCCCGCCACCGCCUGCCCGAGUUGAGCGACGACGUCUCUGACGACGACGAGGACGACAUCGAGGGCCAGUAUGACCAGAGCGACUCCAACUCGGACAUCGACGGCGGCAGCCAGCCAUGCCACAGCAAGAGGAAGGGCAAAGGCAAACGCGCCUUGGACACUCUGGUCAUUUAG